UGAAGAUGGCCUAGUCAUAAGGCACCUUCAAUGACUGUGCGCAUCGUUCCCCGUGCCAGCCAGCCUGGACCAGUGGCUUCGUGUUGAGCAGAAGGAACUUGGGCACCCGCUGAACCUCUUUCUGUGCUAAUUCAUGAGCCAGCAGGAUGCGGUCGCUGCGCUGUCAGAACGCCUUCUCAUAGCUGCGUACAAAGGCCAAGCAGAGAAUGUGGUUCAGCUCAUCAACAAGGGCGCCAAGGUAGCGGUUACCAAGCAUGGCCGAACCCCCCUGCAUCUUGCUGCCAAUAAGGGCCAUCUUUCUGUGGUCCAGAUCUUGCUGAAGGCUGGCUGUGACCUUGAUGUGCAGGAUGAUGGGGACCAGACGGCCUUGCACCGGGCCACAGUGGUGGGGAACACGGAGAUCAUCGCGGCCCUGGUGCAGGAAGGCUGUGCCCUGGACAGACAGGACAAGGAUGGGAAUACAGCCCUGCAUGAAGCCUCCUGGCAUGGGUUCAGCCAGUCAGCCAAACUACUUGUUAAAGCUGGAGCCAAUGUACUUGCCAGGAACAAGGCAGGGAACACAGCCCUGCACCUGGCUUGCCAGAACAGCCACUCUCAGAGCACGCGUGUCCUCCUGCUGGGUGGUUCCCGCGCUGACCUCAAAAAUAACGCAGGCGACACCUGUUUGCACGUUGCUGCGCGCUAUAAUCACUUGCCCAUCAUUCGGCUUCUCCUCAGUGCUUUCUGUUCUGUCCAUGAAAAGAACCAGGUCAGUGCAGGUGUCUUCGCCAUCCCCACGCUCCAGGCAGGCCAGACCCCACUGGAGACCGCCCGCUACCACAACAAUCCAGAAGUUGCUCUGCUCCUCACGAAAGCUCCCCAGGGAAGUGUGUCGGCCGGGGACACUCCCAGCAGUGAACAGGCUGCUCUCAGAAAAGAAGAAGCCAGGGAAGAUUUCCUGUCUGCCUCUCCUGAACCCAGAGCAAAGGAUAACCGGAGGAGAAAGUCCAGACCCAAGGUGUCGGCCUUGUCUGACCCCACCCCAGCAGCUGACCAACACCCUGGACACCAGAGGAACUUUCACACCCAUCAUCACCCCAAAAAGAAGAGCAAGCAUCGGGGUUCAUCCCCACCACCACCUCAUGAAUUCAAAGCAUACCAGCUGUAUACCCUGUAUCGGGGAAAGGAUGGGAAAGUGAUGCAGGCACCAAUUGAUGGGUGUCGCUGUGAACCACUCAUCAACAAGCUGGAGAAUCAGUUGGAGGCAACUGUGGAGGAGAUAAAAGCAGAGCUGGCGGCGGUUCAAGACAAAAUGAACACGAAGCUGGGACAGGUGGAGACUAAGACACAGCACCAAAUGCGUGUUUUGGACAAGCUGAUGGUUGAGCGACUGUCAGCAGAGAGGACAGAGUGCCUGAGUCGCCUGCAACAGCACUCUGAUGCGGAGAAGCACGAGGGAGAGAAACGCCAGAUGUCCUUAGUGGAUGAAUUAAAAACCUGGUGCAUGUUAAAGAUUCAGAAUCUGGAACUGAAGCUUUCUGGAGAUUCUAGGACCUCCAGGGCUAAAUCCACACCAUCCACAUGUGACUCCUCUACAGGAAUGGACCCAUCAGUAGCGACUGCAGGUCCUGCAGUGACAUCGGACAGUUCCUCUCAGGUAGUUAGGCCCAAGGAAAAGGCCCUCAAUUCCACUGCUACCCAGAAACUCCAACAAGAGCUGUCUUCCUCAGACUGUACAGCCUCCCGGGUGAGGAAAGUCAAGGUCCAGGCAGGCCUGCUACCCUCCAGUGAGGCAGCUAAAGGUGACCAGCAGGCUGGGCCCUGUGUCAACAGAGGCACUCAGACCAAGAAGUCUGGGAAAAGUGGGCAGGCAAGGCAUCGAGGCCAGCAGCCAGCAGCCAGCAGCAUCUGCGGCCCAGCUCCACCAGCAGCAGGUGGUGAGCAGACUGCCCCUCAUGUUCGAGAUGCUUCUCAAGCACUGGAGCUCACCCAGUAUUUCUUUGAAGCUGUUUCUUCCCAGAUGGAAAAGUGGUAUGAAAGGAAGAUUGAAGAAGCACGAAGCCAAGCCAAUCAGAAAGCCCAGCAAGACAAGGCCAUACUGAAGGAACACAUUAAAAGUCUCGAAGAGGAACUUGCUAAAUUGAGGAGUAAGGUGCAGAAGGAAAAUUAAGACUUGGGAACAAAGGCAGAUUCUUAAAUUUUGGGUUCUGCAACUGCCAAAUAGCUAUACCCAGGGAAUUGCUUAUUGUAUGCAGACUUUGCCUUUUAAGAAAAAUCGCCAAUUACUAAAAUAUGCCAGACACCUGCUUCUUACGCCUGGAAGUAUUACA